UCGGCGUUCGAAGUUCCAAUUUCGUCUGAAUCUAACACCGCUUUCUCAGAGUCCGAACAUUGCACAGCCAAAGAAGACACGCCACUGUACGCAGAAGCCAGCGAUCCCACCAAAGUCAUCGCGAAGUCACAAGCAAGAGUCCUCACCCGUCAGAUUGCAUAUUUCUUCCGCGACCAGUAUGAAAUCGGUCAAGUUGGUCCUGGCAAAGACGUAGUGGCUGUCGUUUCCACUGGUCAACAUACACUUGCGUGUGUCUUUUUUGGUGUCAUCGCUGCUGAGGGCGUGUACUCAGCUGCAAGCCCGAGCGCUACGGUCGAGGAACUCGUCAGGCAGGUUCGCGAUGGAGACGCCAAGGUCAUUGUUUGCAGUGCAGACGCAAAAGACCUCGCAAAAGCUGCUGCAGAGAUUGUCGGUCUGCCAGAACGGAAUGUGCUCAUCCUCGAAUCCUCACCUACCAUCAAGCUGGAGAGUAUGGACGGUAGCGUACAUUGCCAAUUCGACCAACAGCUGGACUGGAGACGCAUCACCUCACCUCAAGAACUAGAGAAAAGCAAAAUUUGCAUGCUCUACUCCUCUGGAACAACAGGCCUGCCAAAAGGCGUCUUGAUCUCUCAUUCCAACAUGGUAGCAGAAGCUUUUCUCCCUGCCUAUAUCAACAGACCCGUCUGGCAAGAUUGGGCCGCAGCAGGAAAGCCAUUCGAGCUUCGCACACUAGCGCAUCUCCCCACCGCCCACAUCUCUGGCGUACAAGGCUACUUUGUUAAUGCCUUUUAUGAUGGGGGAAUCGUGUAUUGGAUGCCUUCCUUUGACUUUACUGCUUUCUUGAAGUAUAAUGUGCAAUAUCGCAUCACGACGUUCUUCAGUUUGCCGAAGAUAUUUCUGGGCUUGGCUAGACAUCCUGGCGUUACUGAUCAAUUGAGGGCGCUUCGGAUUGCGUACUCUGGAGCUACACCACUGAACAAGGAGGUCUAUGCCUGUACUAAGUUUGGUGGUGAAGGAGAGGAUAGGACAUUGCUUAGCCAGACUUGGNGGGCGAGUGAGACCACUGGUGCAGUCACUCAUGUUUCUCCCGCUGAGAGGGACACUUCUGGUAGUGUUGGAGCACUUCUUCCCAAUAUGUUGAUGCGACAACNNAGACUGGUCGACGAGAACGGCGAUGACGUCCCUAUUGGUCAGCCUGGUGAAGCAUUGCUGAAAGGACCACUCAUCACACAAGGCUAUCACAACAACCCAGAAGCUAAUGCGAACGGCUUUACCAAAGAUGGCUGGUACCGUACAGGUGACGUGAUGGAGUUUGGAGAGAACAAUGAUUUACUGUACGUCGUAGGUCGCACAAAGGUAACUUGCUACACAUUCCGAUCUUCAACAAGACGCGCUAAACCAUCUCUAGNNGACAUCAUCAAUUACAACGGCCUCAAGAUCGCCCCUGCUGAACUUGAGGAGGUCCUAUGCGAGCACCCAUCCGUUACAGACGCAGCUGUGGUCGGAACCCAGGAUCAAGAUACAGAGAUUCCACGUGCCUUUGUCGCACUUCGUCCAGGUGUUGAGAAGAGCAAGGAGACCGCAGAAGAUCUAAAGGAAUAUGUCAAGCAGUGGGUGUCAGACCACAAACAGCUGCGUGGUGGUGUGGUAUUUGUGGAAACCGUGCCUCGUUUGUUGUCAGGCAAGAUCUGGCGAGCCAAGCUCGAGGAGAUGGUUGCAAAGCAUCGAGAUACCUGA